AUGCCGUCCCUGUCGAUCUCCCCUGGCAUCGCCGCACUGCUGAGGUCGAUACCGUCCUUCGUCACCCCCUUCGUUCUCUUGUUCUCCCUCAAGCGCGUACUUGACGCCCGUGGCAGCUCUGCUCCAGCAUGGGCAUACGCGACUGCGUGUGUGCUGGGCUACCCGCUUGUCUUCUUCGGCCGUGUGUUCUACAAAGACUGGCGUAUCCGUCGUCGAGCGCAUGCCCUCGGUGCGCGCCCGGUUCCGCGUGUCUCAGCGAGGCUGCCGGGCGGAAUUGACCGCCUGAUGUACUCCAUCCAACACAUGGGCGACUAUUGUGGCGACGCGAUCAGGCCCAUGUACACGGAGGCGGGGCCCCUUUUCGACAUGCGCGUCCUCUGGAACUCGGCUUUCUUCACCGCGCACCCGGCACACAUCAAGUCCAUGCUCGCCACCGACUUCCAGAACUUCGUCAAAGGCCCGCUCUUCACCUCCCAAAUGCGCUCCGUGCUCGGCGCGGGCGUCUUCAACGCCGACGGCGACGUCUGGCGGUUCCAUCGCGGCAUCACCCGGCCCUUCUUCGUCCGGGAGAAGAUCACGCACUUCGAGAUGUACGAGAGCCACGCGCGGGAGGCGAUCGAUCGCCUGAGGGAGCGCGUGCGCGAGGGCGUCGCCGUCGACGUCCAGGACCUCGUCGCGCGCUUCACGCUCGACAGCGCGACCGUGUUCCUCUUCGGCCAGCGCGUGCACUCCCUCGGCGCCCCUCUGCCGUACCCGCAUAACCACCGCAACGGGGCGGCGGCCGCGGGGCAGUCCGCGAGCGCCCGCGAGGCGGAGGCGUUCGCGCGUGCGUUCGGCGCGUCGCAGGACGUGCUCGCGCAGCGCGCCACCGUGGGCCCGAUCUGGCCGCUUUUCGAGAUGAAGCGUGACGGGACGGCGGAGCCGAUGCGCAUCGUCAACGCGUUCAUCGACCCGAUCCUGAAAGAGGCGAUGCGAAAGAGGCCGGCCGGGGAAGUCAGAUCUGGCGAAGGGAAGGAAGAGGUGGCGGACGAGGAUACGUUACUGGACUACCUUGUCCGACAAACAAGUGACACCACCCUCAUCAAAGAUGAGAUCCUCAACAUUAUGAUUGCAGGGCGCGACACGACCGCUACUACUCUCACCUCUGCCCUCUACGCGCUCGCCAUCCACCCGCCCGUCUUCGCCAGACUGCGCUCCGAAAUAGCCCAGCACGUUGGUCUUGGGCGCGACGGCCGUGCACCGACGUACGACGACGUGCGCGCGAUGAAGUACCUUCGCGCCGUCAUCAACGAGGUCCUGCGGCUGUUCCCGCCCGUACCGUUCAACGUGCGCACAAGCGUUGGCGAGGUGGUCUGGCCGGCGGACUCUGGUGACGUGGACGGGCGGGGGUGGUACGUGCCCCCAGGGACGUCAUGCACGUAUUCGGUGCUUUACAUGCACAGGCGGAAGGACCUAUGGGGCCCGGAUGCCGAAGAAUUCGAUCCGGACCGCUUCCUCGACGAACGCCUGCACAAAUACCUCACGCCGAACCCGUUCAUUUUCCUGCCUUUCAACGCUGGACCGCGUAUCUGUCUCGGCCAGCAAUUCGCCUACAACGAAGCUUCUUUCAUGCUCAUCCGCCUCUUGCAAGUCUUCUCCGGCAUCGAGCUCGCCCCGGACGCGCAGCCGCCUGACUCUCGCCCACCGCCCGAGUGGAAGCAGCUGUCGGGGCGCACUGCCAUCGAGCAGUUCUGGCCUAGAAACCACUUGACCAUGUAUGCCAAGGGCGGGCUGUGGGUACGGCUGACGGAAACAGAGGGGUAGGUGGAGGUUGCAUGAUGGGUAGGUUCCGACGGAGAAGUGUGACAUUUUGCUCUCGACCUCGCCCAAGGCAAGGAAUGAUAAUGUCACAUUGAAACCGACUUGUAUGUAUCGUACGUAAUGCUGAUUUGUAGUCGU